AUGUCUGUGGAGCUGGAGGAGGCCCUGCCGCUAACGACCGCCGAGGGGGCGGCCAAGAAGGCGGCCAAGGCCAGUGGCGCGGCCUCGCUGUCCCCGUCCAAAAAGAGGAAGAAUAGUAAGAAGAAGAACCAACCCGGAAAAUACAGCCAGCUGGUGGUGGAGACCAUCCGCCGACUGGGUGAGCGCAACGGCUCGUCGCUGGCCAAGAUCUACGCGGAGGCCAAGAAGGUGGCAUGGUUCGACCAGCAAAACGGGCGCACCUACCUCAAGUACUCCAUCAAGGCUCUGGUGCAGAACGACACGCUGCUGCAGGUGAAGGGCACCGGCGCCAACGGCUCCUUCAAGCUCAACCGCAAGAAGCUGGAGGGCGGCGGGGAGCGGCGCGGAGCCCCGGCGCCCGCCUCCGCCCCGGCGCCUGCUGCGCAUAAGGCCAAGAAGGCGGCCCCGAGCGCGGCCCCUGCGCGGCGCGCGGACAAGAAGCCCGCCAAGGGCCCGCAGCCCGAGAAGCGCUCGCACAAGAAGGGUGCCGCCUCCAAGAAGGACAAAGGCAGCAAGGCCACGAAGGUGGCGGCCGCGGGCGGCAAGAAGGUGAAGAAGGCGGCCAAGCCCAGCGUGCCCAAAGUGCCCAAGGGCCGCAAGUGA